CCAAGACUUGAUGUGGGAUGACCGUCAUGCUACUACAGGGUCGGCCGGAUCCCGAGUGGACACGGCUGGUUUAGGGAUGUCAUGCCCGUAAAUCCCGUUGAAUGUGGAUCUUUACGCCGCGCAAAAGGAUGGCUCCCGUCCUCUCGACCGCCUUUGUCCUCAUGUUGGCCCUCCUCGGCGGCCCCGCCGCCACGGUCACUGACCCCGAGGAUUACGCCGCAGACGAGGCGGAGCGGGCGGCCGGUGAAAGCCUCGUGUUCGACGACUACCGGGGGAAAGGAUGCGUGGACGACAGCGGCUUCGUCUACAAACUCGGAGAGCGCUUCUACCCGGGCCACUCCAAUUGUCCGUGCAUGUGCACGGAGGACGGGCCCGUGUGCGACCAGCCCGAGUGCCCCAAACUUCACCCCAAGUGCACCAAAGUGGAGCACAACGGCUGCUGCCCUGAGUGCAAGGAGGUCAAAAACUUUUGCGAGUACCGAGGGAAAACGUACAAAAUUCUGGAAGAGUUUAAGCCGUCACCAUGUGAAUGGUGCCGCUGCGAACCAAAUAACGAGGUGCACUGUGUGGUGUCAGACUGCGCCGUCCCGGAAUGUGUCAACCCUGUGUACGAGCCGGCGCAAUGCUGCCCCAUCUGUAAAAACGGUCCAAAUUGCUUCGCUGGAUCGACCAUCAUCCCGGCCGGAAUCGAAGUCAAAGUGGACGACUGCACCAUCUGCCGCUGCCACACUGGGGAUUGGUGGAAACCGGCGCAGUGCUUGCGGCGCGAGUGCCUCAACGCUCAGUCAACAUAGAGCGACUCUCGGUCAGGCCCUGACGACCUACUGCGCCAUUUUAUCGGAUCGACGGGGCAGGAACACAACUCUGAAAGCACCUGAUGCGGAAUACAGUACAAUGCACCAGCGAGACACAAGCAUCGUGCGAUUACCGAGUUGAUGAUGGUGCCGCUGAUGAUGAUUGAGGAACUGGUCCCCACCCCCCACCACCCCCACCCCACAUCUUGUCACGCAUACUUGCAGAUUUUGACUCGCUUAACUGGGUGCUGUCAACACUUGAGAUUUUCUUCACGUGGAUAAUGGGAAUGAAUCAUAGUGAUCGUUUUUGUUGGUCCUGUCUGACACGACCUAACAGAUGGAGAAAGAGCUGUAAGCACACUUGUCUGUGCUAGUAUUUUUUUUUUAUGGUGGUGGUGGGCAGGGGGGGAGGGGUCUCAUGAGGGUCGAAAGCACCGAGUGUCACAUAUUGACCGUAAAAGCUCAUUUACAAGAUGCACAUCACAUUUUAUUUGGGUCUUUUAUAUACAUUUGUGAUAUGACUUCACCAUUUGGUGCUGCACCGAAACACAAAAGUAUUGAAGUUGUAAUUUUUGGAGACUAAAGUUGCAAAAAUGUACAACGGUGAAACUAUAGAUACGGCAAAUUGAGAACUGUUGAUGUGACGCAACAAUACAAGUUUCCCCAACAAUGAAAGUUUUGACACACCAACGCCAUCAUGAGAGACAUUUGAUUGUGUCUGUGUUUGUGUUUAUGUCUCUUCCUGAUCUACAUCGACUGAAAUUGGCUUUUUUUUGGGGGGGGGGGGGGUGAUCAUCAAUGAAAUAUUUUUGUGAAUAAUAUAUACUGUGACAAAUAUGUAUAAAUAAAACCCC